CUGUGGAAAGUGGUGGGCAUAAGCGAGCCUUUCCGAGAAACCUUCCUCGCCUGUUCCCUCGGACUAACCGCCUGAUGCUGCCGGGGCUUUUUGGGGUUUGGCUGCUGUUUUUCGCUGGCUAUGAAGCUUCUGCCUUGAAGAUGGAGACUAUCUGGGUGCUAUUCCUCUCUCUGGUCCCCGUGUACACCCGGGGACAAGGCGCCUAUGCUCCUGCUCAGGCACAGAUCAUCCAUGCUGGACAGGCAUGUGUUGUAAAGGAAGAUAACAUCAGUGAACGAGUGUACACUAUUCGGGAGGGUGAUACCCUUGUUCUGCAAUGUUUGGUUACGGGACACCCACGGCCACAGGUGAGGUGGACCAAAACUGCCGGCAGCGCCUCGGACAAAUUCCAAGAGACAUCGGUGUUUAAUGAGACACUUCGGAUUGAGAAGAUCCAGAGGCUGCAGGGGGGCCGCUAUUAUUGUAAAGCAGAGAAUGGGGUUGGGUCCCCUGCCAUCAAGUCCAUUCGAGUAGAUGUGCAGUAUUUGGAUGAGCCACUCCUCACUGUCCACCAGACCAUCAGUGAUGUGCGUGGCAGUUUCUACCAGGAGAAGACAGUCUUUCUCCGAUGUACAAUCAACUCCAAUCCACCUGCACGGUUCAUUUGGAAACGAGGUUCAGAGACACUCUCCCACAGCCAAGACAAUGGAGUGGAUAUCUAUGAGCCAUUGUACACACAGGGAGAAACCAAAGUCCUGAAGCUGAAAAAUCUGCGACCCCAAGACUAUGCCAGUUACACAUGUCAGGUGUCUGUUAGAAAUGUACAGGGAAAGGGGGAAAACAGUACCUUCCCUGUGUUUCACACUACAUCUCCACCAGCCCUAAAGUUGUCUGUGAAUGAGACCUUAGUGGUGAAUCCUGGGGACAAUGUCACCAUACAGUGCUCACUGACUGGUGGGGACCCACUGCCCCAGGUGAUUUGGUCCCAUUCACCCAGCCCCAUGCCUCACAACAGCAUUGUUCAAAAGGGCAAACUCACCAUCUGGGGCAUCCGUGUGGAAGAUUCAGGGUACUACAACUGCACAGCUAUCAACAAUGUGGGGAAUCCAGCCAAGAAGAUGGUGAACGUGCUGGUGCGAUCCAUGAGGAACGCGACAUUCCAAAUCACUCCUGACGUGAUCAAAGAGAGCGAGACCAUCCAGUUAGGUCAGGACCUGAAGCUCUCAUGUCAUGUGGAUGCUGUCCCACAAGAAAAGGUUUUCUACUUCUGGUACAAGAAUGGGAAGUUGGUCAAGCUCUCAGACCGACUCGUGAUCAUCCGGAAUGACCCUGAACUCCUGCCGGUGACCAGUAGUCUGGAGAUAAUUGACCUCCGCUUCACUGACUAUGGCACAUACCUGUGCGUAGCCUCCUUCCAAGGGGCACCCAUCCCUGACCUCAGUGUAGAGGUGAACAUUUCUUCAGAAACAGUGCCUCCAACCAUCAUGGUGCCCAAGGGCCAGUCCACCAUUACUGUGCGCGAAGGCUCCAGGGCAGAGUUGCCGUGCGAAGUCCGAGGAAAGCCCAAGCCUCCCAUUAUCUGGUCCCGAGUAGAUAAGGAAGUUCCCAUGCCUUCAGGUGCAAUGACAAUGGAGACCAGUGAUGGGAAACUGAAUUUGGAGAGUGUGACUCGAGAAAUGACUGGAACUUACAAAUGCCAGACAGCCAGAUACAACGGCUUCAACAUUAGACCCCGAGAAGCCCUGGUUCAGCUCAAUGUACAGUCCACCGACUUCCUGGCCCAGCACAAGGCCGAGUGCUGCUUCACUGACGGGACUCGCGGUGUCACGGUCAGGCAUGACACGCGGGGAGGUCGGCUUCCUGGACAGGUACAUCUAGGGCAGGAGGAGAUCGCCCGCUACGACAGCCGCCGGGGAUGGUACAAGGCCGUCGCCGAGCUGGGCGAGCCCUCCGCCCGUCUCUGGAACAGCAGGAAGGCCUAG